ACACACAGCACAGACGGUUUCAGAAAAGUGAGUGAUGGCGAGUGCAUUUCGUUUGUUUACGGUGAAAAUUUCCUAAUUUCCAUUGUUUUAUCAAUGCAUUUCUGAGAACAUUUUCCAUUAGAUCACCAUUUGUGUUCGGUUCUAUACGGGGCAACAGAAAUCCGCCGGAUUCAGGUGCAUUUCAGUGUGAAUUUUUGAACAUAAAAAAACGGUCUUGUCUGGAGUUUCAUUGUUCCUUUUCCGCUGAGCGAGUAGCACGAAAGUUUCGCAGUGACUGGAGACUGAAAGGCAUUUAAAGAGCCACUGAAGUGCGACGGAACCGAAUCUAAUUUCGAUAAACAACGAACACACGAAAUGGGAGACUGCUGUAAGUCAUGCAUGACCCGGAUACCGUACGCUACGCUGAUAGCGACGGUCAUGUGCCUUAUCGGAGUGGCCAUCUUCUGCGGGACGAUGUACCGCGGUACCUCGCUUGCCAUCAUCAUGCUCGAUCAGGUCUUUCAUCUGCGACUUUUGUGGAUUGAGGCAGUUCAAAUGAUCUUCGUGGUGAUCGGUGCAUCGAUGGCCGCUCUGGGGUUAAUGAUUCUGUUUGUUGGCUUCCUGGCGACAGGAGCCACCCGGUACAAGGUCUACCGGGCUUGGGGUUCCCGCGUCGGUGGACGUAUCUCCUGUGCAGUGUUCAUGGGAAUCACGUACCUGCUGAAGAUCGUGUGGAUUGUGAUUCUGUGCUUCCUUAGCAUUGUGACGUUUGUAUUUACAGUCUUUUGGAACAUGUGCGAGAAUCCAAACGUGCAGUCGCAUCGGAACUGUAUCGAUUUGACGCAAUUUUAUUUCAUGUUCCCAGCCGGGGUUAAACAAGAGGACAUGAACAUUUGCGAGCAGAGUAAGGUGAAGGCCUUCUGCAAGGAUGGCGUGGAAAAGUGCGAAAUCAUGUUCAUCCUGGCCACCGUCAGCUGCCUGCUGAUCAUUCUGAGCUUUGUGCACUAUCUGAUGUGCCUUGCGGCCAACUAUGCGCACAUUCGGGACCACGAAAAGUUCCAGGAACUGCAGGAGAUCCAGAAUCUGACCGAGAUGGAGUACACGGCUUCGUCCAAGGAUCGGUUCUAGGAUACGGCCCAGGAGAUUUAUAUUGAGCACAGCGCCUGAUGUCGAUUUGGCGCUGCUUCACGACCAGCUUACGUUUAAGUUUACGUAAAACCAGCUUCCUUUCCCGGGAGCUGGUAGCCUUUAAGUUGAUCUUAUCUGUUUACCGCCUCCGUGGUAAGUCUUUCUAUAGAUUUAAUUUGUUUUCGGAUCGCCUGUUUUCUCAAACGAAAUUUUGAGACUAUUGAUUUGUCGCUGACCAACCUGCAUAAGUUUAUCCGUCCGUUUGGGAGGUACAAUAGGGUACCUUCUUUUAUCAUCGCAAUCAUUCCAUACUUUAUUACUGGCCCCUGCUCAAUAUAGGUACUCCUGGAUUCAUAAUUAAGUGUACGACGUUACAAUUUCCUAAUACAUGAGUGGUUUGAUAUCUCGAGAACUCCCAGUGAUUGCGCGAAGUUCUUAAAUUUCCAAUUUGUUCGCUCAUUUGGUUGUUUCUAAAUGUAAGAUUCAUUAAAUAUUAUGUAAAUUAUCCUUAAUCAAUUGGACAUGGUAAGCAAAGCAUGUUGAGAACUUUGUAAAUUUGAAAUAAUUAUUAAUCUAAAAAUUCAGCAGAACGCAUUUUUUUCGAUUCGUUUAUUUGCUCAAAUGCUUUUCCCUACGAAGUAAAUCUAUUACAUACUAACGAUGGAAAUUUAAGAAUCUCGUUCAAUAGGGUAGUUCAGACCAAAACCAUUCACAUACGUUAAAACGAACAAUCAAAGAGCAUAAAAAGAGACAUCAUACGAAGAGCACAAAUAAUAUUCGCGCAUACUAUAAAUGCUGACUUUCCGCUAGAGAAAAAAAAGACCAAUAAGGCUGACAAUAAAACAACAUUUUUCAUCAUAACCGUUUUGCAUCCUGGUUACCAGAACAAGCCCUCAAAGAAAAAAUAUGUUUACGAAAUGGUUGUCGUAGAACGAAACGGAACACGACUUUUUUAACUGACAACCCCGCAUCCUGUAGAAACAGAUAUAGUACAUCCGACACAACUGGAAACAUAUCUUCUUAAAAUCAGAACAAACGACCCAUACAAAGCCCUACAUACCCGAAUACAAUUUGCCCGACCUCUCUGACACCGUGUGAUAUCGUAGAAACCGCAGAAGAUAGUGAAAUGGAAAGGACUAUAUUUUUGUAGUUUGAUCAUGCGUGAAAAGCGAGUA